CUAAAGAAAGCUUCGGAGGUGGCGUGCCUUCUGCGUGGCGGUCACAUGACUGUGGCGCUGCAAGAGGCGGAGGACCGAGACAUGAGCUGUGUGGUGUCCAGUCUGGUCCAGGUAAUGUGCGACCCCCACUGUCGCACACGCCUUGGCUUCCAGAGUCUGGUGCAGAAGGAGUGGGUGACGGCGGGCCACCGCUUCUACAGCCGCACCAACUAUCACCGGGACAACGACAAAGAGGAGGUGAAAGCAUGUUGCCUCAUUGUCUCCCCAUCUUCCUUGCCCCCC